CACACCGGGGAAAAGGUCAUUGAGGAAAUUUGAGUGGGUGAGUAACAUUUUAUUUCCACAUCAGAAAUUGGAGACACUAGAUUUUUUAUCACUGAGCAAAUACUAAAACCACUGAGCUCAAUUUAGUGAAAAAAAUUUUUUGAUGCCAGUGAUUGAAAAACGGAAUGAAAUCGCACUGCAUGACACGUUAAUUUGAGGGUGCUCUAUCGUCAUGUUUUUCGUUUUCUCGUCAUGAAAGAUUUCAUGUAACCUUGCCUGACCUUUAUCUAACCUCUUAUGACUAUCUGACGUAUGAAGUAAGAUCUUUCUCUCCUACCAGCCGACGUGAGGUGUGUUUCAGGUUCGGAGGUGUGCUAUCUGGUGUCUUGUGAUUGUAAGUAGAAGUGAACAUGCUGUCAGCUGUGUGUAGGGGGGUGAAGACAUUCCGUUUGGUUUGCGCAGUGAAGAUUAUGCAAAAAUAGUUUCAACACCCAUAAGAGGUUGGAUUAGGUGGAAUGAAAUUUUUCAUUGCAAUCAUGUUGGCCCUUGUGACCGGGGGAACUGGCGGCACAGCUCAGAACAGAUCCUUCCUGCCAUUUAGGAAGCUCUUUGAAAUGCCCAUCAAGAUUUAGCCUCUUUUGGGUAAACAUCUCUCCUGUCUGGGACUCCACAGAGGGUGAGGAACUUCCUUUACCGGUGCCGCCCUCGCAAUUAUAAGUCAUGGUGAACCUCAAUCACAGGCCAUUCGGGUUCAGUGAGAGGAGUACAAGUCAGUGUGGAGCGUUAACGCCUGGAUUGGAUAUCAUUUUCAUAUGUUCAAGUCCUCCUGUGUGGCAGGAGAUAAAACCAGAAGAGCCUGAAAUGGGAUUGGCUCAACCAGCCACAGGUAGCAGCUUAUCAUUUGGAUCUGAACGGCUGUCAAUGAUUCAGACAGGUGACCUUGGACCUGCCGGUCAGUCUAACUUUGAGUCGUGAAUGUGAGAUACUAAGACGCUCGGUCAUCUCCUUUUCAUUUGCUCUGAGAAGGACAAGUGGAUAGAUCUCCAGACUUCCGAGAAGCCAAACCCAGAGACAGUGCUGCCACCAUGGGGGAGUGGGGCUACCUCGGCGGACUCUUCGAUACCCUCCAGGGCCACUCGCCGAUGCUCGGCCGUUUCUGGCUCCUGCUCAUGCUUGUGUUCAGGAUCCUGAUCCUGGGGACGGUUGCCAGUGACUUGUUCGAUGAUGAGCAGGAGGAGUUCGCCUGCAACACCCUCCAGCCGGGCUGCAAGCAGGUGUGCUACGACAUGGCCUUCCCCAUCUCCCAGUACAGAUUCUGGGUGUUUCACAUUGUCCUCAUCGCAACGCCUUCCCUGGUUUUCCUCAUGUACGCCGUGCACCACCACAACAAGAGGAGCGUCUCCCCCAAAUUCAGCCCAACGAGCGGCCAGCAGCGCAGAGAAGACCAACGCUUGAGGUGGUUGUACAUGAUCAACGUGGCCUUCCGCAUGGUGGCAGAAGUUGGCUUCCUCGUGGGCCAGUGGACGCUGUACGGCUUCAAGGUGGAGGCCCAGUUCCCCUGCAGCCGCUUUCCUUGCCCCUACACAGUGGACUGCUUCACCUCCCGCCCGGCCGAGAAAACGGUCUUCCUCUGCUUCUACUUCGUCGUGGGGGUGAUCUCGGCGAUCGUCAGUUGUGCAGAGAUUCUCUACGGCUCCAUCAAGUGGUUCUGCCGGAGCUGCGAGCCCGGCCCCCCGGACAGCCUCUGUGUCUGCCAGAACCUCCACAACUUCAAGCGGGAGGAGGCAGAGGCCGAGGAGAAGACGAGGGUGGCCAACAGUGUGAUGCUGAAGGGAAGAUCGUUGAGGAGCAGCGGCGGUCGCAGGGUCUCCAGCAUCGGCCACAAGCCCCGGGGCGGCAAGUAUGUGAGCAGCAGGAUAAUGGUGUGAGAGGGCCUCGAGUCAAACCUGCCGGAACCACAUCACUGUCUUUUUUCCUUUUAAAUUCAUGUACAUAUUAUUAUUAUUAUUUAUGUUUCCAAUUCCUGUAUAUGAUUGCGUGGCAAAAAAAAUGGAGGAGACAUCAUAAGGAAAUGCUUUAGACCAUACAGAGUUGAGGAAGGAAACCUCUCUGGAUUACACUUGUCACAGCGCAGCGCUGAUUUCUUCUUUGUUUCAACAGAGCACUGAUUGAACGUCCUUGUGUAACGUAACAGGGGAAAAAAACAAAAACAGCAUUCCGGGAACAUUGUGUCAUUCUAGUGGAGUUGAACAGUGACGUCAGAAUCUAUAAGUGGCCGGAACUGUACCGGUAAGCUGGAAACCGCCUCCUUUGUGGAAAUUGUUCGACUUUUUAGGAAAAGUGCGUUUUUCGCUCUCCUGCCAAAAGUCCGAUACGCUCAGUGUGAAGCCUGGAAGUAGGAAAUUAAAUGUAAAUCUCUAGACAUUUGCACAUUGAGCUUAUUUCAAACUCAGACCUAUUUUCAAUGUCAUCAGAUUUUUAACAUUCAAUGAUCAAAUCCAAGUGAUUAAACAAGACAGGAUUUGUCGACUAAACAUAAUCUAUAAUGUGUGUGUAAUAUGUGUGUAUAUAUAAAUAUUUGUGUAUAUAUAUACACACGAUUAGUUAACUGCCGUUUUCACGUUCAACUGUUGAAGAGGGGGACGUUUUUUCUGUUUUGUCUAACAUGAAGAUGCACAUACACGCACAGCACAUAUUGUGCAUAACAGCAUGUUGGAUGCAGAUUUUACGAGUCUGACUGUGAAAAUCUGAAGCCUGCGCUGCACAUGCAUAUUGUGUCCAGCUCUUCAACUAUCAUCAUAAAUGUGCAUGUUCAUUUUUCAACGAGGUCAUGUUGUACUUGUUGUUGUCGACCACAUCAGAUCCUAAUGAAUAAUCAAAGCAGAGUGUUUUUAUAUGUCUUCAUGCACUUUUUUUCCCUGAUCUUUGCAUUGACAGGACUGCACACAAUGUCGUUGUACAUGUACAAUGACAAUAAAGAAUCUAUUCUAUUCUUGAAA